CAGUUUGCUGUGCACCGACCAGACGAGAGAGAAGACAGAAUGGCAGAAGUGGCUCCAGCUCCGGCCGCCGCCGCCCCGGCUAAAGCCCCCAAAAAGAAGAGUGUCAGGCCGAAGAAGAGCGGCCCCAGCGUCGGGGAGCUCAUCGUGAAAGCCGUGUCCGCCUCCAAGGAGCGGGGCGGCGUGUCUCUGGCCGCCCUCAAGAAGGCUCUGGCCGCCGGAGGCUACGACGUCGAGAAGAACAAAGCCCGUGUCCGCCUAGCCGUCAAGAGCCUGGUGACCAAAGGCACUCUGCUCCAGACCAAGGGCACCGGAGCCUCCGGAUCCUUCAAACUUAACAAGAAGGUCAAGGCUGACAAGCCCAAGAAGGCGGCCAAGAAACCCGCCGCCAAACCCAAGAAGCCCGCCGCCAAGAAACCCAAAGCGGCCAAGAAGCCCAAGAAGACGCCGGUCAAGAAACCCAAGGCCGCCAAGAAAUCUCCUAAGAAGGCCAGCAAACCCAAAGCGGCUAAGAAACCAGCCAAGAGCCCCAAGAAAGCAGCCAAGAGCCCCAAGAAGCUCACCAAGAAGCCCGCAGCCAAGAAACCUGCAGCAAAGAAGGCCGCCAAACCCAAAGCCAAGAAGGCAGCGGCUCCCAAGAAGAAAUAAAUCUUCAAACUUCACA